GUUGCCGGCAUCACCGAACACCACCACAACAAAGGCCUUCCCUAUGUUCUCCGUAACAGACAACACAUGAGAACACUGAAAGACAUCUGCACAAGAGCGUUUUCCUCCCCCAACAAGCAGACAUGCGAGAUAUAAACCCCCUUCUCCGCAUAUCCCCCUUCCUCGCCCCUCACCCAAUAUCCCCACAUCCACAUCAAACCCAACAUCCCACAAUCAAGAGACACAACCAACCCAAACCAAUGUCACACCUCGUCCCCGAGAUCCCCUGCUGGCGCGACCGCAUCACCAGCCGCCUGCACCCGCUCGGCGACUACGGGCUGCUCGACAUCGUGCAGCAAGUCCCGUCGGGCACGGGCACGGACCCGGCACACCCCGUCGACAUCCAGACCUUCGUGGCCUUCCUCCGGGGCCGGCCGUUCUUCUGGUUCAUCCACGGCCCCAGCACCGACCCGGGCUGGUGCAUCACCAAGCUGCUGCUCUUCUGGCGCAGCGCGCUGGCGGACCCCAACUACCGCAUCCCGGCGGCGAUGAUGCUGGCCGGCGGCGGCUGUCUCGGCGGCAACCAGGUCAUGUUCUGGACGUUUGAGGCGCGGGGUUCGCACGCCGACGCUGACGCUGACGCUGACGCUGACGCUGACGCUGACGCUGGAGGUGGAGGUGCUGGCCACGGCCAGGCGCAGCGCGUCGCGACCCGGUGGCAGCGCCAGGGCCGCACCCAGUUCGAUUGGUGGGCCGAUGAGUUCCUCACCACGCGGUUCUUCUCGCAUGUGGCGGAGAAUGUGAAUGCGGUUGUGUGGCCGUCGCCGCCGUUGGGUGCCUCGCAGGAUACUGAGGGAGAGGGAGAGGGAGAGAGAGAGGGAGAGGGGGAGUUCGAUACUGCUACUACCGCUUCGCGGGAAGGGACGCCGCGGCCGCUUGAACCCAUUGCGGGGGAUGCGGGUGGGUAUUCAUCUACCGACCCGGAGGAUCGUGGCUCUGCUAACGCUCGUGGAAGGGCAUCCCAGGCGACGCGCGCGAACACGGUCUGAAUGAUACCGACGACGAUGUCCGCUGCGGCGUCGGAGACGUGGCAUAGUUGCGCGUCCACGGAAUACUUCUCGGCGGAGUCGAAAGGAGGGUAGACGAUA